UCUCUCUCUCCUUAGCCCGUCCUCUCACCUGUCGCGCCUUUCAUCACAAGGUGUACAAUACUUCCACAACAUUUUCAAUCUUCUAUUAUCUGCCAUUAAUUCCGGCAGCUACUGCUUCCAGAACCAAGAUCUUUUAAAAACAGACUUUUUCCUGCCCCUUACACUGUGUUGCGACCCACUCCAGUUGCGCAACAACUAGCUCGCUCAAAACCACCGUUGAAUCCAUUUCAAAGUCACAGUCUCGUCUAGUAUCACCUAACACAAUGUCUGGAAAGUUGGACAAGUCACUCGACGAGAUCCUCGUCAACCGUCGUCAGGGCGCUCGUCGCCGCAAUCGUCGUGCCGCCCAGGGUAAGCCGGCCCCUGCUGCUGUUGGAGGAGUCAAGAAGAGCACAAAGGCUGCCAAGCUUGCCGGCAAGGCUGUCCAAGCUGGACAUCACCCUGGGUCGACCGAGAGCAAGAUCAUGGUUAGCGGCUUGCCUUCCGAUGUGAAUGAGGCCAAUAUCAAGGAAUACUUCUCUAAAUCCGCAGGUCCCGUCAAGCGAGUCAUGCUCACUUACAACCAAAAUGGCACUAGCCGCGGCAUCGCCUCCAUUGUCUUCAGCAAACCCGACACAGCUGCGAAGGCUGCCAAGGAUCUGAACGGACUGCUUGUCGAUGGACGUCCCAUGAAGAUUGAGGUCGUCGUUGACGCCUCGCAUGCCCCCGAAGUUCAGGCUCCCAAGCCCCUUGGCGAGCGUGUCGCACAAACCAAGUCCCAGCCCAAGCCAGCCACAGCCAGCAAAGCCACCGAUAACGCUCGUGGACGCAAUCGCCGUGGCCGUGGUGGCCGUAAUGCGGCCAAAUCGAACCGUCCCAAGCCCAAGACCGUGGAGGAGCUUGAUGCUGAAAUGGUAGACUACUUCGGUGCCGAAAAUGGAGGUGCUGCGGAGGGCAAUGCCCCUGCAAACGGAGCCGUCCAGCAGCCUACCAACGCUGGAGAGGACCUUGGAAUGGCUGAGAUUUCUGUAUGCUGCCCUGGUCUCGCACUCAAUCCGAUGACGCGCUAACAUGGACGUAACAGUAAAUGUAUCGUGAUACCUUCAAUUCAAUUGCAGAGGCAGGUUACUUCUGCCAAGUCUGAUCAGCUUCUGAUCCACGGGCUACAGGCUUGUUACUCAGAUUCGUGUUUCUGUUCCACUUUCUUCCCCUUUACUCCCCUUAUGUUUUAGUUUGGUUUUUCUAAUGUCUCUUCUGCUAUUUGGCUCGUUGACGGGAACUCGAGGAAGACUCGUAUGUAUUUAAUAAACGGACGGUCGCAAUAAAAACCGAAAAACAUUGAAACGGAAGCUGUAAGCUUAUAAUAGAUAUAUUAUUGUGUCCAACUGUUUACCGGAGUAAACUACUACCAGUAUACUAGUCAUCUGGUGUUGCCAACUGUAUUGCCAUUCAAGUUGCGUCGGGGGAAAGAUCCCCAUCAACGGCCUUGGCGCCUCUUCAGCUCAACUUCCAUCUCCGCGAUUUGUAAUAACUCCGCCAAAAGGUUCCAACGUGUGAUGAGAAAUGUAACUUUAUCAGGUGAAGAUUAGCCAAGUAGCGGGAUUCUGACGCUAUAGAUCCGCAUAUUUAGUAAAAAAAGAUAAGAAAAAAAAAACUAGCUGUGGCACUGUUGUUUGGGGUCAACGUGAAUACUACCGCUAUAUAUAUGUAUAAUGCCAUGCUAGAGACCAAG